UUCGAACGGCGAGGUUCCGGAUCCUGUCCAAUCUGGUUAUUUCGAGAGAACGCUGCAGCUGUUGAGUCCUUCGACCUGCAUUCUGUCAUAAAAUAGAUUAACCGCGUCCCGGGCUGCUGCAGCUACGCGUACGACUUCGUAUCUCAUAUUUCCAACCGAUUCCCCUCUUCAAUUCUUCGAGAUUCAGUUCCAUUUUUCGCCAUGAAGACAUUUGCUGCGCUCACGGCGAUCGCCGCUCUGGCUCACGCCCAAUCGGAAUUUUCCCUCUCACCCAGUGCUACACAAGUUGUAUCGUCGGCUGACAACCUGGAUCCAACUGGAACGGCAUCAGGAACAGGCCCAAUCAACACCCAGCGAGCAUGCGAACAGGUCUCUGGCCAAGUUGAAACCAGUCGAUCAAGGACUCCAACCGUUCAGGCAGAUCUUGCGUAUGCUUGCUUGAAAUCAGUACCAAUCGACAACGAUGCCGCGACAUUGACGCUCAAGGCCAUCAAGCAGAUGGCCGAGUUCCAGUCUACAAUCUCAUAUCUGAAGGAUCCACCCAAAGGAUAUGUGAACGAGAAGGUAGAUAUCAUGGGUGGAUUGGACGACAUCGGCAAGAAGGUCAACGGCAGCGAGUACAAAAACGAAUUCGAUUUUGAGAACGACAUUGCCACUCUUUUCACCAAGGCACACGAUGGUCACUUCAGCUGGGAUGGCAUGGCGUACAACGGUGUUUUCCGAUGGCGUAGGUCGCGACAGAUUGCUUUGAUCAGCGCAACCAAUGGUGAUGGCGUGCCCAAGAUCUACACGGUCAACAGCUACAACACCAGCAGCUCAAACGAGCCGUCUGCUAUCUCACAAAUCAACGGCAAGGACGCUGUUCAAUUCUUGAAGGAUGAGAGUCUGCAGAACUCUUACCACGACCCCGACGCAAGGUGGAACGCCAUGUUCUUCAUGCAACCUGCCGAGUCCUAUGGCUUGUUCGCCAACCCUUCGUUUUACCCUGGCCCAGACACCAAGAUCAAGUUCGAGAACGGAACCGAGCAGACCUACCUGAACUACGCCGUCGUGCUCGACUCGUCAGCUUGGGGCCGCGUCGAUGACCCGGAUACGUUCUACGACACUUUCAUUACCGCCAGGACUUCUGCCAACCGCGGGCUCUCAAGCACCCAGUUGCACAAGCGUCAGGAUCCUCAUCAGCUCCCCCGGUCUCUCCAACACGAAAAGGAGAAGCAUCUCAGCCGCCGUUAUGUCCCUGCCGCGUAUCCCGAGCCUGCUGUAGAGCACACGGCUUCUGAUGUGGCUCUCGCCGGUUACUUCCUCGACACCAGCGUCGGUACCGUUGGUGUUCUCAUGAUCCAGACCUUCAACACCGAGAGCAACUCCGAUGCCCGGGAGUUCCAGUCGGUCGUCGAGGAGUACCUCUCUGAGGCCAAGAAGCGCAAGGCUGUCAAGAACGUCAUCGAUCUCCGAACCAACGGCGGAGGCAAGAUCCUCCUCGGAUACGACACCUACCUCCAGUUCUUCCCCUCCCAGGUUCCCCAGCUCCAAUCCCGCUACCGCAUCAGCAAGGCCUCCGACCUCUUCGGAGAUACCUUCAGCCAGCUGACCUUCAACAGCCGCGUCGGCGAGCUCUACACCUCCCCCUUCAACUACCACAGCUACCUGAACAAGGACCUCCAGGCCUACAAGGACUGGAAGGACAUGAGCGGCGCCAAGUUCCACGACGACUCGUUCACCCACGAGCUCCGCUACAACCUCUCCGACCCCAUCGCCACGUCCUCGGACCGCUACUCCAUCGGCGUCACCAUGACCGGCUACGGCUCGCGCUCCAACAUCAAGGACGACCCCUUCAAGCCCGAAGACAUCAUCCUCCUAACCGACGGCAUCUGCGCCUCCACCUGCUCCCUCUUCACAGAACUCAUGGUCCAGCAAUCCGGCGUGAAAACCAUCGCCAUCGGCGGACGCCCGGAGACAGGCCCCAUGCAAGCCGUCGGCGGCACCAAGGGCUCCCUAGUCCUCCAAUCCGCCUACCUCACGCAAAUGUCCGCGGUCCUCGUCGCCAACUUCGCCAGCAGCCGCUCCAAGGCGACCGAGUGGGUGGAAUUCCUGCCGAACCCGUUCGCCAUCAACUUCGCGUCCGCGGCCGUCAACUUCCAAGACAACAUCCGCAAGGGCCUCGAGGGCGACGGCAUCCCCACCCAGUUCCUCAACGACACGUCCAGCUGCCGCCUGUUCUACCAGCCCAACGACUACUUCAACGUCACCAACGUCUGGCAGCGCGCCGCGGAGAUCGGCUUCGGCAAGGACGGCAAGCUCGACGGCGACAAGUGCGUGCAGGGCAGCGUGACGUCCGAGGAGCAGCAGAAGGGUAAAGGGGAGGGAAACCCGGCGACGGGACAGGGCAACACGAAUGCUUCGCCGACGAACUCGAAGGGUGCGGCGCCGAGGGGUGUGCCGCCGUUUGCGGGGCUGAAGGCGCUUGUUGCGUGCGGCGCUGUCGUCGUGGGCAGCAUGGCUUUCGGCGCGAGUUUAAUCUAAUGAGUGAUGAUGCUUCGGUUUUUUUCGGUUUCGGGUUUCGAGUUCGACGUAGAGUCGGAUAUACGCAUUCGCAUCCGCGGUCUUUAUGAAGAUCGGGGAUGAAUGAUGGUUAGUUAGAUCGCUAAUGUGUAGAUCUUUUGUACAUAUAUAUACACCCAGACUUUAUUAUCAAAAUCAUGUUCACACACUUCAAUGAUACGAUGCCAUACAUGUCCAUGCCUGUGACUACACAUGUUACCAUGCCCCCUCUUGUUCUAUUCACAGUUACAAUUUUCCGUUUCCCAGACCAGGUCAGAAAGGCUUAACAGUUCUCUAUAUAGCAGUGACAUUUCCAUGUGAUCUCAAAGUCGAGUAAGCAAGUCGGA